AUGGAAUCUAUCGAUUUAUUAAUGUUCUUAACCGUGUCUGUCGCUGCGCUUAAUGAUUCAUUUUCAACUGUCUGGUCGCUAUCGUUAAGUUACUGAACUUAUAUAUUUGGGUGGGGCUUAAAAUUAUUGCCUUAAACUUCAAUAAAUUUUUCUGAAAGAUGGAAGAAACAAAGACAGCUUCUACUGAAAAAGUCGGUGAUGGAAACACUGACACCGAAACCAAGCCAAAGACUGAAAAUGAAGUUCAAGAUGCUGUUGAAGCCAAGGAAGAACAGCCUCCUGCUAAAGAGAUGAAAGCUGUUGUUCUUACCAGUUUUGGUGGGUUAAAAGCAGUUAAAAUUCAAAAUAAACCCGAGCCCACUGCUGCUGAAGGUGAAGUCUUAAUUCGUGUCAAAGCAUGUGGUUUGAAUUUCUUGGAUGUUAUGUUGAGGCAAGGAGCUGUCGACAAUCCUCCAAAACUACCAGUUAUUAUGGGUUAUGAAUGUGCUGGUGAGGUUGAAAAUAUCGGGGAAGGUGUUACAGAUUUUCAAAUUGGUGACAGAGUUGCUGCCAUGACAGAUUGUAAAGCCUGGGCUGAGCUUGUGGCAGUCAAUACAAAAUAUGUGUACAAACUUCCUCAAGAUAUGAAUUUUCAAGAUGCUGCAGCUAUAUUGAUGAAUUAUGUUGUGGCUUAUGGUCUUUUAUUUGACACAGCUUGUGUUAGAGCAAAUCAGACUAUUCUGAUACAUUCAGCUGGUGGUGGAGUUGGUUUAGCUGUAGCUCAACUUCUGAAAACCGUUCAAAAUGUUACACUGAUUGGCACUGCCUCAAAGCACAAAAUUGAGUCUAUUAAGGAUCACUUCACUCAUCUAAUUGAACAUGGCUCUGAUUAUGUUCAAGAAGUAAAAAAAUUGGCUCCAGAUGGUGUUGAUAUAGUUUUGGAUUGUCUUUGUGGUGAAGAUGCAAACAAAGGUUAUGGUCUUCUGAAACCAAUGGGUCGAUACAUUUUAUAUGGAAAUUCUAACAUAAUCACAGGAGAGACCAAAAGCAUAUUUAGUGCAGCUAAAUCUUGGUGGCAAGUUAGUAAGCUAAAGCCCUUGAAGCUCUUUGAUGAGAAUCGAUCAGUUUCCGGGUUUCAUCUGAGGCAUCUAUUGUACAAGCAAAAUGGCCAUGAUUAUGUUAAAGGUGUGGUUGAAAGAAUCUUCAAGCUUUACUUAGAUGGACAAAUAAAGCCUGUCAUAGAUUCAACUUACGCAUUCGAAGAUAUACCUGAAGGUAUGCAGAAACUUCAUGAAAGGAAUAACAUUGGCAAGAUUACAAUUGAUCCUUCAAUGGAACCAAAGCCUAAACCAGUGGUGGAAAGCAAGAAAAGGAAAGAUUCAAUGAAAGCUGACAAAAAGGCUAGUGUAAAAGCUGAAAAGACUGAAGAAAACGAUGCAGGUAAAAAACCUGAAGAAAAAUCUGAAAAAACAGAAGAGAAGCCUGAUAAACCAGAAGAAAAGGAUAAGGAUGCUCCUGCAGAUGCUAGUUAAUUUGGGAGUAUAGAAACCUGAUAAAUGAACCUCUUCUCUUGCUUUAAAAAAAGCUUGCAUGUGCUGUUUAUGCUGAAAUUGUGGUAUUAUUUUUUACUUGUGCUGUUUAUGUGUUAAAACACUGCUCAAUUCUACAGUUUUUUAUACUGGCAGAUUAUUUUUUCUCAACUUUUUACAUUUUUGUUUAAAAUGAUAUACACUAUAUUUUAAAAAUGAAUUUGUACUCUUUGAAGUUUAUAAGCUUUGUAUUAAUUUUUAAACCUUAGAUUUGUGCAUCGAAUUGCUUGAUAUUUAAAUGUGAUAAAUCUGAUCUUUUUUAAUUUGAGAUUUUUGAUAAGGAACUGAGUUGUAUCUACUUAAUUAUCACAGCUAUGGUUGUAAAGUUCAUGGGUCAAUGUCUCUUUUUUUAGGAAUGUAUGCAUUUUCUUUUGUAAUGACUUUUCAAAGUAUUUUUCUUUUUUAGACUAUUUGUAUAAAUUGCAUUCCAUGUUUGCUACAUGAUAUUUGUAACUUUGUAAAGGAACUUUUGUAAAAAAAUUUACUUGUAACAGCUUUGUUUAUACACGAUCAAGUUUUUUUUUUCUAGUUAGUAGUCAUUUUUUAGUUUGUGAUAUUUUUAAGUUCCUUUUUUUUUUUUGUCUAUUUCUCUGCACUCUUGCUCAACUGUCAUACCAUUAUUUGUAGUUAUUUUUCUACCUCGUGUUUUUUUUUUACCCUAGAUGCAGGUUUCAUUUUAACUACUCUUUUUACCAUUUGCAGUAGACUUUUAGUUCAUUUGUAAGAUUCUUUCAGCAACUGCUUUCAUUGUUACUCAUGAAUUUUCGUUUAUAAUCGUUGUGCCUUGUCAUUAUUUCUGAUUGAGAACUGCUUUCUCACAAUAAACAAUAUUCUAAUUUAA